CCACCGGCUUUCCACACUUCAAACUAUCAACAACGACAAACAGACAUAUCCUCUACAAAACAGUGAAUUCUUACAAACAAAAUGUCGUCUAUUCAAAAUUUAAAUACCACCCAAGAGCCACCUACUGGGGCAGAUGCAGCUGCUGCUGGGGGCAACGACGCUCAAGAGGAGGUUCUGGUGCACAUUCGCCUGCAGCAGCGCAGUAGCCGCAAGAUGAUCACCACCGUUCAGGGCCUGCCCGAGGUGUUCGACCUCAAGAAGAUUGUGCGUGUGUGUAGGAAGGAGUUCUCGUGCAACGGCGCUGUCACCGAUCAUCCUGAGCAGGGGCAGCUCAUACAGCUGAAGGGGGAUCAGCGCGAGAACAUUUUCCAAUGGCUGAUUAAGACGGACAUCUGCAAGCCCGAGCAGCUGAUGGUGCACUGAAGGUGGGACUUCGCUUUACUGCUCUUCUCACAUUAGUUCACCCUUUGAAAUCCUAGACAAAACAUAAAGGAACACGGAAAACCUAACACGAUACACACAGAAAACAGAGGAUAAUUAUCACAAUUGUUUUGGGAGCGAGAGCCGUGCUAAAAAAAAAUGUUACAAUGCAAAUUAAAUCAAAUAAAAAGAGUUAAAAAUAAUAAAGAAA